UGCAAGGCUAACUGUCAACUAUUACUUAGCAUAGUUGUACAGCUUGAGAUUUAGCAAUUUACAAUCUACGAGUUUUCGGGGAAUACAGCAAGGAUAUGUUCACGUUGAGUUAAAAUACGCACUUUUCUAAGAAAAGUAACUCUACAACACAGGUCACACCAGCAACCAUGUCAGGAAUAAAAAGGAAAAUAGAAGAUAAUGAUCCUGAUUAUGAUGAUAUCUCGCUGGUCCAAAAUAGUAAGAGAAAUAAAACAGCUGAACAUAAUGCUCGAGAGGAAACAGUACAAAAAAUUGAAGCCAUCAUAAGGGAGCAAUUUUCUUUGGAAAUGAAGAACAAGGAGCAUGAGAUAGACGUGAUAAGUCAGCGUCUUAAUGAAGCCAGAAGGAUGAUGGACAAGCUAAGGGCAUGCAUAGUGGCCAAUUACUAUGCCAAUGCUGGAAUGACAAAGCUCCCUGAGCAUGCCUCCAAGAGUGACCCUGCCGUAUUGAACCAUCCAGCCAUCCGCCGGUUCUUGGAGUCCCCAUCUCGUUCCUCUUCUCCACUCAACCAGGGCUCUGAGACUCCCUCUCUGGUCCACUCAGAGUCUGAGUCUCUAUCACAACAAGAAGAUAGUACUGAGAGAAAUGGAGAGGGUUCAUGGAAAGAGGACAGUAGCAGGCAGGAGCGCAGACCAGGACGCAACACUGGCAAAGAUACAUUUGGUGUGCCAUCAUCCAUGGCAGCGGAGCAGAGAGUCACCUACCACUCUACUGGAGAUGAAGCCUCUAGACUCUACGCAAAGAAGACUAUUGUUGUGGGGAAUGUGUCCAAGUACAUUCCCCCGGAUAAGCGGGAAGAGAAUGAUCAAUCUACCCACAAGUGGAUGGUGUACGUCAGAGGUUCCAGGAGAGAACCAAGUAUCAACCACUUUGUGAAGAAAGUCUGGUUCUUUUUGCAUCCCAGCUACAAGCCCAACGAUCUAGUCGAAGUCAGUGAGCCUCCCUUUCAUUUAACACGUCGGGGUUGGGGAGAGUUCCCUGUUAGGAUCCAGAUCCACUUCAAAGACCCUCGCAACAAGCGUAUUGACAUCAUCCACCAGUUAAAGCUGGACAGAACAUACACAGGACUGCAGACACUUGGAGCAGAAACAGUGGUUGACGUGGAGCUUCAUAGGGAUUCUCUUGGGGAAAAUUACAUCCCUAAGCCAUCGUCCUCUAAGGUGACUUACAGAGUUGCCAGCCCUGUGUCGUCCUCAUCCCUAACCCAGACUUACGGACAAUCUACUUCCCCGGUCUCACUUGACUCUGGUGUUGACAAAGGGUUCAUCAAAGCAGAGACUGGAAGGCCUGCAGGCGCUCAUAGUUCAGGGCUCACCACUGGUGACCGCACUCCAACUCGUCCCAAAGCUGGUGACAGGGUCACUCUUGGUUCCCAUGGCAAUUCUGCUUUCCAGCCCAUCACAGCAAGCUGUAAAAUAGUCCCACAAGGACAGCCGCCCAGUCCUGCUGAGUCUCCUGGGAAAUCAUUCCAGCCCAUUACCAUGAGCUGUAAAAUAGUUUCAGGUUCACCCAUAUCCACCCCAAGCCACUCUCCACUGCCCCGAACACCCACAACCUCCACCCCUGUCCACAGCAAGCAGAGCUCUUCCUCUGUUCUCAACAAUCCUUAUAUUAUAGUUGACAAACCUGGCCAGGUGGUCGGCAUGGCUCCCACAUCUGCUGCCUCCGCAGGAAGCCCAUCUGCCAAACAGGCUCAAGGUACUCGCUCUCCAGCACCUAAAGUUCACACUGGCACCUUACUCUCGUCUGGGGUGAAAGUUAUUAUCAAGCAAGAGCCCGGGGAAGUUACAACACAGCAACAGCAGAUGGUUUCCGCAGUAACCAGCCAGCAGCAACCUGCUGCUACAGCAGCUCAGUAUGUCGCAGUGAAGGGAGGUCACAUGAUCUCCAUGUCAGCCCAGAAACAGGCCGGAGGCGCCACAGGGUCAACAACCGGCAAGAUGUUGGGUAUUCCUGUUAGCUCAACACUUCAAUCUUCAGUCAAACAAGUUGCUAUCAGUAGUGGACAGAUUCUGGUUGCCAAGGGCAACACUUCUGUCUCUAAGGUGAUGGGUGGUAAACAGGUUUUGGCUCAGGGAGUCGCUAAAGCCAUUGUGAGUGGGACCAGCGGCAUCUCUGGUCAGCAGGCUGGUGCCAAGGCAGCUGGUGGCUCGGGUGGCAAGAGUGGAGUGAUGGCAACUCUUCAGCUCCCUGCAAACAACCUGGCCAACCUUGCCAAUUUGCCUCCUGGUACAAAGCUCUACCUGACCACUAACAGUAAGAACCCAUCGGGGAAGGGAAAGCUGCUUCUCAUCCCACAGGGAGCCAUCCUCCGGGCCUCCAGUGCAAGUCAGCAGUCCCAGAGCAGCUCAUCAGCAGGUACAGGAGGCGCUCAGAACUCCUCCUCCUCCUCUUCAAGCAGUCUGCCUUCCAACCUCUCAUAUACAUCUUACAUCCUUAAACAGACCCCACAGGGCACAUUUCUGGUGGGCCAGCCAGCACAGGGAUCAGGAAAGCAGGGGAGUUCAGCAGGUCAUUCAACAUCAUCUCCCUCAUCUGCUACCCAGCAAGCUAUCCGGGUGACUGCUGGACAAAAGGCGGCCAUCCUGGCUCAUGUGGUGGCCAGCUCACAGGGGGCACAGCUAAAGCUGUCUGAUGGCUCUGUUAAGACAGUAACAGCAGCAGCAGCUGGCCACAUGUCCAAGCCUGGUACCACCACAUUGAGGAUGACGGGGGGAGUCAUCACCGCUGCCAGCUCCACCCCUGUCAGCACUGCAGCAACAUCCAAUCAACAACAGGCUGCUGAUGGUGGGAAAUCUGCCUCUCAACACCCUUCGCUUCUUAUGGCAGCCAACCAAGCAGCAGUAAUCAGUGCAGCCAAGAACGCCAGCGCUGCCGCCACCAGCAGUUUGUCGAAGACAGCUGUGGCCUCAUUGGUCAAAGGAGCAGGCAGCUCUGCAACAAUAGCAAAGAGUGCUGUAGGCUCAACUGGGGCUGUGGUGACGGUUGCAAAGGGAAUCACCAAUAUGCCUGUCAUCAGCAUGUCCAAAGGAGCAGGGGUGGGCACUGUGGUGGGUGUGCCAAAAAGCAGCGGCACAUCAUUAGUUUCUGCAGCAUCAUUAGUCAGUAGUGUGGCAGCUGGAGGAGGGAAGACAUGUGCUUCAUUGUCAGGUAUGCUGAAGAUCCAUUCUGCAGGUUCCAGCUCUCAACAGACAGUUUUGACCAUUCCUGCCAACCAGCUCAAGCAGCUGGGCGUUGGCGCUGGGUCUGGUGGACUGCAGACCAUUUUUAUGCCUGUCGGAAAAGUAGUGUCUAAAGGCCCAGUCUCCAGUACUCCAUCCUCCUACUCCUCCUCUUCCACAACCCAUGGAGCAGCUGGAGCUGGAGCUUCCCCAAGUCCUGCCAGCCAGGUCCCCCCCUCCCUUGCCCUGCCUUUGGCACAAGUUAAAACAGAACCAGGUGCUGGUACAGCUGUCACAGCAGCUCCAUCCCCCCCGGUGACUGCUCCUGCUCCCACCUCUGCCCACGUUGCCCCUGCAGCUACUACAGUCAAGCAGGAGCAGUGUGCAGAUAACUCGGCACACGACCUCAUUAACACUGAGCACAUAGAAACAAUGAUGCAGCUGCUGACAGCUGUUGUCAAAAAGUUCCCUCUGAUUGUGCCAGAUAAGACUGAAGACUCCCAUCCAUUUUGUGCCUCCUCAACAGAACAGUAUUAUUCUUGGAAUAUUGGCAAGCGCAGAGCAUCAGAGCUUCAGCGAGCGGUGGCAGUGAAGCGGGUUGUCCAGGACGUUUUGGACCGAUCACCCCGCCUGCAGGCCCUCACACCCCCAAAGACCAGAGAGGUGGUGCAGUGGUGCCGACAAAGGGGCUACACACCACCCGACCCUGAGCCCCAACACAAGAAUGAUGACGAGUCCAUCGAAGACAUCCUCACACAAAUAGAUAAUGAGCCCGAGUGUCCGUCCACACUGAGCAGCUGUGAGGAGCUGGUACUGCGUCUGGAGCAAAUGCAAGCCCUACUGAAGACUGAGCCCGAGGAGGCAGAUGAUGAAAUAAUCGACAUUGUCACCGUGACACCUCCCUGCCAGAAACUGAAGGUCAAAGAGGAGGAACAAGAAACAGACGCAGAGCCAAAGUUCUUCCUGGGACCCUGUCCAUCCUCCCAGUUUGUCAGUGAAGCAGCUCAGCAGAUUGGGGUAACCUUUCAGCCAGUGGAAGUGGAGAAGAAUGUCUUUGCUCCAGUCAUUGAAGCAAUGAUUCUGAAGGCUACAGAACAGUUUGCCAAUGACAUCCUGAGGGAAGCUCUGGCUGGGGCCUAUGCCAAAUCCCCUCCGAUCAGGGCUCCGAGAGAGAUCACAGCCAUGAAUAUCCAUCAGGCAGUCAGUAGCAUUCCCACCUGUGACUUCCUCACCAACACACACAUGGGCUACCUGAUUAAGGACAACUGAGGUCAAACAAGAUUUGGAAGUUGACUAGUAACUGAGACGCUUGGAGUGAUGGUGACAUCUGAACCACUGGCCGUGACAAAGAGACUUGGUUCUUUUAGAAGUGACGGCUCUACACACACAUGUAGUCCUAUUGCCUCAGGUUGUGCAGUAAUAACUAAUGUACUGUAUUAAUUAACUUGAUUGCAGAAUGGCUCAGAUUGCUUCUUGAAGCAGCUGUUAAGCAGCAAAGGAACAAAGUUUUAAUGCUGUGGGUGUAUUGUCACGUUUUGCUCCUAUUAUUUCAAGAGAAUUUGCAUCACGGGGCUCACAUUGUUUGAAGUAGAGAGGCUCACACACCCUUUUGUACCACAUAACAAGAUUAUUUUAACAUUUACGUGUUUACUGCCAGACACCAGCUUAUUGGAAAAAUGAAGCAUGAGUGACUUGUAAGUCUGGAUAACGACAUCUGACAGCUGUUCUGUCUACAUCCUGCUGCUGAGUCUCUACAAUUCAGAGUCAGUUUAUCUGAGGCAAGUCUACUAAUUUACAGCAAUUUGGAAACACUAAUGAUUAUUUGAGUAUUCUAAUAGUGGGUACCCCAGGCAAAGCAAUCCAAGAGGCACUUCCAAAGGUGUUGUUGCCAUGACAACCAGGGAUCAUCAGUACCGUCAUCUUUCUAUGUAUUUCAGUGUUACCCAGCAGGUGUAAUUAGGAUUAUUGUAAUACAAACUUGCAGGAAGCAACUCUAUGGAUCUUCACAAGAGGUGACUUUUUUAUUCUUUUAAACUUGCAGCCAGUUAUAUCACUGAGAUCUUAAUUACAUUUGUUGAAAAUCCCUUGUCUGACCAGCAAGACACAGGUCAUAGUGUACUAAAUCAGUUAUUGUGAAUUCAAGGCACAGUCUUUUAAUAUUUAUUUGUGAUGUCUUUUGCGAACAAGUCUUGCAGCCCUUUGAAGUGCUUUUAAAUGCUUUGUUUGACAACCUUAAUUAUAUCAUGUACAUCAACCAGCCACAACAUUAAAUCCACUAAAGGGUUACAUGAAUGGCAUUGAUAAUCUUGUUACAAACCAAUGCUUUUAGAAACCUUUGGUCCUGGCCAUUAUGUGGAGACACAUACUGCCACUUAAUCAAUGUUGCAGAGAAAGGAACACAACAAGGGGGCCCAAGCUGUCAACACAGCCUUCAAAAUCCUUUAAGCUCAGUAUAAUCAAGCAUCUCUAUCGGAUGCACAUGAACAAACCUGAUCCAUGGCAGCCUCAGAAUGGAACCUACAAGAAAGAAGGAGUAGGCUGAUUACAUCUUUCACAUCUUUCAGUGCUCCUGUGUUUGUGUCCCCGUGGUCCAUACCUUUUUGGCUGCAUGAUGUAGACCUACCAAGUAUUAGGCUGGUCAUAUUUAUGUUGAGGCUGAUUGGUGAAUAUGACCAGUAUCCGUUUCCAAGUACUGUUUAUAUAUUUUUUUUCUUUUUUUUUUUUUUAGUUCUUUUUAAUUUAAUGUCAACAGCUGCCAACAGUGAUAUCCUAACAGUAGUGAACAUGUUCAUAUGAGUGUGGAUACAGGAUGUUGUGCCCACUAAAGUCAGUGAAAUUUAAUGUAAAGUGAGUGCUUGUUAUGUGUUCUGUCAUUUGAUGCAAAUGAGAUGAUGUUGUAUUGGUAAGUAAGUGUAACAUGGAACUUUAUGUUAAUGUGUGGAUGGUUGAACAAGUGAAUAUGUUUGGGCUAUGAUGUGGUUUCGUCUGUCGAACCAAAUCAAAUUGGUGUACAAGAUACCUGAACAUUGUGUUGUCAUUUUUCAAUGCAAACCAAAAAUAAAAUAAUAAUAUUCUUAUAAUAAAAUCAGAAAAAUGCUUCUUGGAA